AGGAGGAGGAUCUGAGUCCGGCUGAGCACUCCGUUAGAGAACAUCAGGUGGAACUGCAGCCGACUGAAGGACUUCGAUCUGACCGGACUCUGAGACUCAGAGAGACUCACUGCAGCCUGGACACUUCCUCUCAGGUCUCCUGUUUGAUCUCAGGACGCAGGAUGAAGACUAAGUGACACACAAAGGACGUGUGGACGGACUGAGAGCUGACUGGAGCCAGACUUACAGAGACGGAGACAGAGACAGAGACGCUUGAUUCCACUUAUUGUCGGUGCAGCAGGCCUGUACCAUGAUCCUCCCUGUGUUUGUGUUGUUGCUGGUCCUGGUUCUGUCUGGACCAGAGUCGUCUCUCCAGCAGGACGCUCAGGAAAUGGGGACCAGCGAUGACAUCCUGGAGAGAGACUUUCUGUACGCGUCAUCCCGUCAGAAACGAGCCGUGGACCACAGCGCGUCCCUCUCAGAGAAAUGUUCGUACACCUUCAUCGUCCCUCAGCAGAAGAACACCGGGGCCAUCUGUGUGAACUCAAAGGAGCCCGAGGCCCUGCUGGAGAACCGUGUCAACAAGCAGGAGCUGGAGCUGCUGAACAGCGAGCUGCAGAAGCAGCGGCGGCAGAUCGAAGUGCUGCAGCAGCUGGUGGAGGUGGACGGCGGCGUGGUGAACGAGGUGAAGCUGCUGCGCAAAGAGAGCCGCAACAUGAACUCUAGGGUCACGCAGCUCUACAUGCAGCUGCUGCACGAGAUCAUCCGCAAACGAGACAACGCCCUCGAGGGGGCGCAGCUCGAGACACGAGUCCUCAACCAGACCAACGAGAUGGGACGACUCACCACGAGAUAUCGAGACCUUGAGCUCAAGUACCAACACCUGUCUGCGCUCGCCAACAAUCAGAGCGCCCUCCUGCAGCAGCUGGAGGAGUCCUGCAGGAGGGGGGGUGGGCCCACGUACAGGGGGGGGCAGACGUACGAGGGAGGACAGACGUACGGGGGAGGACAGACGUACGGGGGAGGACAACCUCAUGAGGGGGGACAGACAUACAGAGGAGGGGGAGGAGGGGGAGGAGGGGGAGGAGGAGGAGGAGCAGGAGGAGGAGGAGGAGGAGGAGGACACUCCUUCAGCGGGGCGCAGCAGACGUACAGCCAUGUGCAGGAGAGGAGCCGUCCCAUACGUCCUCAGCCUCCUCUGCAGAUGCCUCCCCUCUCUCCGGGGGGGUACAGACCGUUCCACCCCCCCACGUACCCCCGUCACACCCCCUUCACCAACGAGAUCCAAAAUGACCAGAACGCCAAAGCACUACCGCCUCCGUUACCCACAAUGCCUAGCACCGUCUACAGCUCUACCAACGAGCCCUCAGGUCCGUUCAGAGACUGUCUGGAAGCUCUGGAGAACAGAUACUCCACCAGCGGCAUGUUCCUCCUCAAACCUGACACCAGCAACAGACUCAUGCAGGUGUGGUGUGACCAGAGACACGACCCCGGAGGCUGGACCGUCAUCCAGAGACGCCAGGACGGGUCGGUCAACUUCUUCAGGAACUGGGAGACGUACAAGCAAGGCUUCGGAAACAUCGACGGGGAGUACUGGUUGGGCCUGGAGAACAUCUACUGGCUGACCAACCAGGGAACCUACAAGUUGCUGGUGACACUGGAGGACUGGACUGGGAGGAAGACCUUCGCAGAGUACGCCAGCUUCAGAGUCGAGGCCGAGUCUGACUUCUACAGGCUGCGAGUCGGGCGGUACCAGGGCAACGCCGGAGACUCUCUGACCUGGCACAACGGAAAGCAGUUCACCACGCUGGACCGAGACCACGACGUGUACGCAGGUAACUGUGCUCACUACCAGAAGGGGGGCUGGUGGUAUAACGCCUGCGCCCACUCAAACCUGAACGGCGUGUGGUACCGAGGAGGACACUACAAGAGCCGGUACCAGGACGGGGUCUACUGGGCCGAGUACAGAGGGGGGUCGUACUCCCUGAAGAAGGUCACCAUGAUGAUCCGACCAAACGGGAACACGUUCCAGUAACACUGAGACCCUCCAGGACUGAAAGACUCUAUCAGGGAGCUAAAGGGGGGCACGUCUGCAUCCUCAGGGUCGGACUCUUCAUAGACUCAUGAUGUGGACUCCAUACUCAGGCAUACUCUGAUCCUGAAUCAGAGUCUGUGUGAUCCUGCAGGUUGUUUCAGACUCAGUAAGCAGCACCGCUUGAAUCUUUGUUUUAAUACGGACAUUAAAGGUUUGGAUGAAGCAGGACCCGACAGCAGGAGGUCUACAGGUGGUCUACAGGACCACGGAUCUAACGUCAGAGACGGUUUCAGAGUGAGUUCAUGAUCAGAUCCUCGCUCCGUCUCGUCUCCGUCUCCUCGGGCUCUCUGAGGCGAGGUCACUGUGUUACUGCACAGACACAGUGAGAGCUCUGUGUGUAUAUAUGCUCUGUCUCUAUGUUUACAGUCUGUCUGUUAAACUAUAAUAAACAUGUACAUGGACUUGUU